AUGUCACGGUACGAUUAUGAAGAAAAUAAGAAGGUAUAUGUUGGGAAUCUCAACCCGAAUACAACUUCUGAGCAAUUAGAAGGCAUCUUUGCCAAGUUUGGCACAAUCGCUACUAUUUGGGUCGCACGUAGGCCUCCAGGAUUCGCUUUUGUGACAUUCGAAGAUCACAGAGAUGCACAUGACGCGGUUGAAGAACUUAACAGAACAGAAUUUCAGGGAAAUAGCUUAAAAGUUGAAUUGUCACGUGGACCAAAAAAAAGAAAUUACGGCAGAAGAAAUUCUGAUUAUCAUAGUUCAAGACGUUCUAUAAGUGGAAGUCCAAGAAGGCUUCGUUCUAGAAGUGUGAACUAUGGAUCUGGAACAAACUACAGAGAUAGAAAACACUAUAGAGAUUAA